AUGCCCUCCAGACUGCGCAGCGCGCUCUCAAGGAGCCUGUCGCGCCCGCUGGAUACGAGCGGAGUGUUCUACUGCCCAUCCUGCGCGACCUGGAGACGGGCGCUGUCGACGCGUGCCGGCAACAACGGCAUUAAACAAAACGACGCGGUCCAUCGAAGCGCUCGCCCUCUACACUCAGCUACGGUACCUACUUCGCGCCCUUUGACCACCUCGUCGGUCAUUACUGCCGGCAAGAAUGUUCCGCCGCGGUUUCAGGAGCUCUACAACGCCCUUAACGGGGUCAAGGAUGCGGCGAUCGAGCAGGUCAGUCUGAGCCGGCUGCAGCUUGCGCUGCGGGGCCUGGAAUCUGAGGCGCCUCUGAUACGAGUUGCCGUUCUUGGAUUAAACGAUGCGGCCUCUGCUCGCAAGCUCGUUCGACUCUUGCUCGCUGAUCCAUUGAACCUGCGCGAGGAUUGGGAGGAUGCUCUCGAGGCGUAUGAUGCCGACUCAUCGCGGGGGUUGUUGAUUCGUUACGGUGAAGUCUCGGAAUCGAUUCCUAAUGACUUGCUCCCCACAAUCUCGGUCCCGUCGUCUGUCUUGAAAAAGGGCAAUAUCGAGAUCCUCGUCAGUACACUUGGAUCGGAGGCGGACUUUGCCGGCGCUACCCUCACUGCCGAUACAUUUCUUGUGCCGACCGUGACCAUCCAGACCUCGCAUUCCGGCCGGCAUAAUGUGGUGCGGUACCCCGUGCACCGAAGUAUCGUGUGCGGCACCGGUGUGGACGGUAUGCUGGCGUACGGCACUCUGAUGGGCCGAUCUGACCUGAAGAACGAGAUCGCCUCGGUGCGCGGGGCCAUUGAGCUCUCUGUGACGGACCCGACGCGCAGCAAUGACCGCCUUUCCCUAGUGGAUAUCAGCCGCGCGAGUACGGCUCUGGAUAAGUUCCGCGAGUCCGUGCAGAAUGCUUCUGAGUAUGAGCGGGGAUGGAACGCCAGUGGUGUGCAGUCGGUGAUUGACUGGCUUGCAUCGUCCUCGCAGGCGCCCAGUGACACCACACUCAACCCGGCCCUGGUGCCUCUUGUCGAAUCUCUGCUAGACGCUGCCGACGAAGGCGUGCUCUCCCGCGAGGUUCAGGCACUCCAAAACCAGACGGUGGGCGCAGUCUCUGAAGCUACCCGUGCCCAGCUUGACCAAGGAGUCGCAUCCUGGGCCGAGCACGCCCAUUCCGAGCUCCGCAGUUCCCUCGAGGCUGGGUUUGCCAGUCCGCGGUGGCGGGGUCUCGCCUGGUGGAAACUCUUCUGGCGGGUCGAUGACGUGAACAUGGUCACGUCCGAAAUCCUGGAGAAGCAGUUCCUCCGCCGCGCGGAGCGAGAAGUCAUCUGGACCGCAGGCAAAUACCAGCAGGCAGGCCUGCUGGACGAGCCGUCGUCUUUCGGAUCCCAGUCCACUUCCGAGUCGACCCCUGCCGGAUCCAUCCCAUCCCCCUGGCCCACCCAGAUCCCCGAUACCCGCUCCAAACUCCUUAGCACCACCGUGCCCUCCCUCCAAGCCCUCGCCCAGAGUCUAGUCCUCUUUAGCGUGUCCACUACCUCCCUGACCUCCGCCCUCUCGGCACUCACCUAUGUCUCUGUGGAGUCAGCGUCCGUGUAUGAAUCCUGUACAUUGGCUGCCGUGGGUUUGAUCUACUCUCUGCGCCGCCAGCAGAAGAAAUGGGAUGUUGCGCGCCAGUUUUGGGAGGACGAGGUCCGCGAGGAAGGCAGGACAUCCCUGCGUGAGACCGAAACCCUCCUGCACGAGAUUGUGCGUGACGGGGGCAAGGCGACGGCGGAUGCUUCAGAUCCCCGGAUCCGAGAGACGAUUGCGCGGGCUCGCGAGGCUUUGGAGACUGUCAAGCCGUGA